AUGCUUGGAGCUCCUGAGGACGAGUUUGUUUCUCAAGACAGCAACGUCAAGGGCACUUUGUCUAUGGCCAACACUGGCCAGCCGGAUUCCGGCGGGUCGCAGUUCUUCAUCAACGUCAGAGACAACACCUUCUUGGACUGGUUCUCACCUGGCGACUCCCGACAUCCAGUGUUUGGUCGAGUAGUUGACGGCUACGAUGUGGCUGUGAAGAUCUCUAAGGUCUAUACGCAAAGCGAUAGACCGGUAGAGCCAGUCAUGAUGGAGUCCGUGUCUAUCAAGAUGCUUGACCAAGAAGCAGCCGGAAUCCCCAAGCCCAUCGUCGCCAAUGUGUUGUACGGAGGCAACAAGCAGCAUCGCGCGCAAGCAGAUGUGACAGUUAGCAUGCCACAUGGGGCACUUGCUGGCGCUCAGACAUUGCUUCAGUUUUUGCAGCCUAGUCGCGAUCCGGACCUAGGAGUGGACUUGACCACGCAUGGCAGCAUCCGGACCCGAGCAUUGCGGCCACGACAUCCGGUGAAGAAGGGUGAUGUGAUCUUUGCAGCGCCGCCAAGCCACGUCAUCCACCCUGAGGAUGAAGAGGGCAGGCGCUUUGCCGGCUGUCGCGAUGACCGGUGCAAGCUGGCCCUAGUUGUGGCCGAGAUGCGCGUCCGGCCUGCUGGAGGUACCCGAGGUCGCUUCUGGCAGACGGCCAUCGCCUCUUAUCCUUCCCUCGCAGAGUUCGAGUCCCUCGGAGUUCCGCUCGCAGCCUCGGAGUCUGCCCUUCGCGUGCUUGACCAAACCCCUGAGUUUGCCCCCAUCGUCGCGUCCGUGCGAAGCACACGAGCGAGCAUGCUCUCCGCUUUGGGAGUGUACAACAACAGCGAGAGCCACAAGCACUUAAAGUUCGCAGAUGUGCUUUGGGGCCGGCUGGUUGUGGAAACAAGCAACUUCCAAUCCAACUGUGGUCUCCACGUGGCACCGGUUGCCGAUCUGGUGAACCAUAGCAGCACACCCAAUGUGGAGUACUCCUGCAACCAAAGCACGGGGGAAGUUUCGCUCACUGCAAGCCGAGACAUCUCCACGGGAGAGGAGCUGACGGCACGCUAUAAUGCACUCCCAGAGCUGGACAACUUUGCGCGGUAUGCCAUGGUGGAAGAUCGGCCGAGCCCAACGGGGCUGAGCUCCGCGAGCUGUUUAAAGCUGCAGCUGGCUAGAUUGGAUGGGGAGCCGUUGCUUCGAGCCGCCGCUUUUCUGCAUUUGUCCGUGCAGUUGCAGUUCUGGUCUUUGGAAGAGGUGCCAGAACCACCGGCCCAGAAUCGACGCGAGCGUGACACGAAGUACAACUCGCCGAGCGCCAGCGAGGGCGAGAAGCCAGAACUCGGGACUAUGCAGUGGGGCACUUUACCACCAUUAACUCAAAUACCAGGCAUCUCGAACCAAGUAUAUGGUCCUCAGCCCUACAUUCCUCUUCCUUCAGCCGCGUGGAGCUCUGCGAUGCCCAUGCUCUCUGCUCAGAUGGACAGGAUGUUCCCGUCUGCCACCAGUCCAGUGGGCUGGCUCUGGGAGUCAUGCGAGCGUGCGCAGAACAAGAUGGACGAACCGGGCCAAGGAAGUGGAUCGGCAAAUGCCAAUGAGAAGGUCAACAGCUUCGUGCUUCGGCAUGAGGGCGGAUCAAUGAACGAAGAAUUCGUAGGGAAGUCCUUGGUGUGCCUCUGCUUCAGGGCGGCAGCGAGGCCCUGCCCCGAGGAGAGUCGCUCCGUCAUUCUGCGCUCGUGCCCUGCUUUGCAGGUGGACGAGCACGGUGUAGACGAUUGCGAUCGAGAAGUGAUGAUGGGCGUUGAGGAUGAUGAUUGCGACGGCUCCCGAAGUUGUUGGCCGCCUUUGCCCGAGAAAGCCAAGACUGCAAACAACCAUACCGCCAUUGGAUAUUCUGGUCCCAGGUCUCAGGCUGUUUCCAUCGGUUCCAUUGGGUCUUAUAUGCAGAUGGAGGAUGUCUCGGAGAUCUCACCAGACUCUCCCGGCCAGUCUGCCGGGUGGCGAAAGCUACGCGCGAAAUACGGUACGGCCGCUGCUUUUGAACAGCUGCUGCAGCAAGUCCGUGCGCACAACACCCAGCAGCUGUACGAAGAUGACUGGACGCACACAUUGGCAAGCUCUCCUGUUGCUGCUGAUGGUCCAGGAGUUGAGCCAUGGCCUUUGCUGCACACGCGGCGCACGCGUGGACUUCACAAGACGAUGGCCAGGCGCAAAGCGAGCAGACAAUGCUGUCCUUACCGGACGUGGCUCUGCAUCUUUCUGGGUGGCGCUGUGGUGUUUUUCGUGGUUGGGCAGCCUGGGGAGCGCACCACACUCCUGGCGAACGUGGGCUUCGAGCUUACGCUCGGAAGCGUUUCAUUGCCGGAAGGACAGCCAGAUGAACACGAGCUGCCAAAGUCUGCAGCGUCGAACCCCCAAGACCUCAGCUCAUCCUGGUAUGGAUUCUACAUACACGCUCAUGGGCGCCCGGCAGCUGUGAUUCGUUUGGUGAGCGAGGUCAAGAAGUUUUUUGCCGGAUCUCCGAUCUAUUUGAUGAGUGAAGGAUACAUGGACUUUGCACCACUUUGUGCAGCAGAAGGUUGCAAAUUUGUGAUGUGUCCGCCUGCUAACGACCGAUGGCAUCCGUGGCCCUUCUUGCGACGGCUGCACGAUGCCGCUACAUACUUGCAAUCCGAAUUCGUGAUACUUCUGGAACCUGACAACACGCUUCAUGGGAGCGUAAGGCACAAGCCUGACUUUGAUGCGGGGGGCCUCCUUUUGAAGGACAGAAAAAUUGGCGGCAGUGACUAUGUCGAGCGGCUGGCCCGCGCCCGCGUUUCUGAUUUCCACUGGGCCCCCAGCAGUCAGCAGGUUGCCCUUCGUGGAGGAUCUUGCUUCCGGAGAGCUGCGGUCUUGGACGCAUUCGCGGAUGAGAAAGUUGCGAAGAUAGACUGGAACAUGCUCGCAGACAACUUCAGCAAGGAGCAUUUGCAUGAGCAAGCUUUCCAUUUGUUGAAACUUAACCCAAACUUCGCAGCAGUUGAGCAAACAGCAGACGAUCAUGCACCGAUGCCCUUGGAGGCUUUUUCGAAAGACCCGCUGCGGUUGGAGCUCGGCUUCGGAACCGAUGUGAACAGCACCGGGCGAGAAGACAUCCGACAAAUUUGCAAGCACAUGGGCUUAAACUUUCGGUGUGUCGGAGACGGCACGCAGAAGCGAAUCAUGGCGCUGAAGUUGGACCAAAUCCGGGAGCGGAAGCGUGCCGAGGAACUGGCUCUGGAAGCCCCUCGGGCUGUCGCUGGCUUCUACAGAGGCGCACUGAAUGCGAUGCCAGAAACCGAGAAGUUCAAGAUCAACGCUUUGUUUGUGCAAUUCUACGGCGGCGAGAGGGCAUGGUCCCUGGGCGAAGCAUACGCUCCGGAGGCCUUGCGUGCCGAGGAGGACGAACGCCGCGAGAAGCGUCGGCGACUGGGAGAGGAAGAGGCCUCCGAGAGCGACUCAGAGGACAUGGAAGCGCUCCUUGGCCGCUGGGCGACAGUGCAGAAGGCCCGACUGAACUUCAAUGCUGGACCGGUCCUGGCUGCAAAGUUCCGUGCUGCAGCGGACAAGCUCCCAGAGAUCUUCUCCUACGACUUCGCAAUGCAGUAUGCUCUUGCAGCACGUGGCUGGGCUGUUAUGCCAUGGACUGAAGUCCAAAUGCACGAGGACAGAAACCAAGAUGCAGCAUUCCUUCUCCACUCUGGCAGUGGAGGAAACCCGACAUACGAGGUGCAAUUGAAGCCGGAGGAUGCAAAACUGUACAGCGAGUCUUCUGAGUACCAGGGAAAGGAUGUGACUUGUCAAGUGUGUUACAGCUUCGAGCGUUACGCUGUGCGAUGGGGAACGGACCGAUGUACAAACAAACAGGCUUUCGAGUAUUCUGAUCGCUUAAUCGAGCUCUACCAUCCGCAGCUGGCGAAGGGCGAAAAAUGCGAGACCGACCUUCAGAGCCUCUGUGAGCCGGGAAAGAGAGUUCGACGCUUUGCAUCAGCUCCAGGUAGAUCUGAUUUCGCCAGUCUUGCCAGCACCGCUGGGGUCGUCGAGAAAUAUGGCUUCUACCUGCACGUGUUCCACUCUCCUGCGGCAGUUCUCUACCAGGUGCGGAAACUCAAGGAAGUGUUUCCGACGUCACCCAUAUACAUCAUGAGCGAUGGUGGCCUUGACUUCGGUCCUUUGUGCAAUCAAACAGGUUGUACCGCGACUGUUUGCCCCCCUGCGAACGAUCGCUGGCACCCGUGGCCAUUCUUUCGGAGGCUGUACGAUGCAGCAGAGGCUCUAAACACGGAGUUUGUCAUCAUGUUGGAGCCCGACAACACGAUUCAUGGUCCAAUAAAGGAGCCGCCCAAGUACGACGCGGGAGGAGUGCUGGUGAGGGAUCGCAGUUUCGCAGGUGCUGACUAUGUGGAGAAGCUCGCCAAGAAACGCGUGGAUGGGUACAAGUGGCGCAAAAAGAAUCAGCAGGCCGGCUUGUGUGGAGGAUCUUAUUACAGACGAGAGGCUAUACUGGAUGCGUUUUCAGAUGAGCGUGUUGCGGAGAUUGAUUGGAACUACCUGGGAGAAAAAUUUUCGAAAGAGAUCUACUCGUCAGACUUUGCUCUCCAGUACGCGUUGGCAGCUCGAGGAUGGACCAUCAUGCCAUGGGAAGAAGCUGCACAGAUGCACAACGACAAGGACAUCCCUCUUGCGGGUCCCAAAGAUGCAGCGUUCCGGCACUACUCGGGACCAGUGGGCAAGCCGACCUAUGAAUUGAAGAUGAGGAAGGAGGACCAGCAUCUUGUCAAGGAGCAACCGGUGCAGUACAGAGGCAGAGACCCCAACUGCCAGCUGUGCUACAACUUGGACCGAUAUGUUCAAGUAUUCCAAGCUUCUGAUGGAGCGAUAUCAUCCAGAAUUGAAGACCCGCAAAUGCGAUCUCAUGUGGCUUUGCGAGCCGGGAAAGAUCGCACAGUUUGGGUAGCAAGCUGCGUUCAAAAGCACUUGCUCCCACUCCGUGGCGACCAGCUUUCGUCUCGUGGGGUUGUCAAUAUACUCGAGGGGAUGCUGAAGGAAGGCCAGAUCAGAGGAUCCGAAAUCGAGGAUAAGCCGAACAGUGAGGACGAAGAAGAGGACAGAUCUUUGGCAGGUGGUGACGAGGGUGGAUAUGGGCCCAAUUGGCGCAAAGUCAGACGUGCUGUUGAGGUUGCAUCGGCUUUCAAUGGGCUGCUGCAAGAUGUUCGGGAUACCCAAGCCGGCAGCCUGUACGACCGCGACUGGAAUCGGCCAGGGUUCGGAGGUAGCACAAAGCUCAUGGGCCCCAGGAUGCCAACGCAAUUCUUGGGUUCUCCACUGACUGGCUCGCAGCGUCUCAGUCGAGCAGCUCGGCUUGACUCGCCCCCCAGGAAUGGCGCAAAGUCCCAGAAGCUGACCAUGGUUUCCAAGUCCAAGUCACAGAAAGCUCCAUCAUCCGCAGCUCAGUCUGCGACCACACCUCGUUGGAUACAGGUUUCAUCGCCGCAGAGCUCGGUGUCAUUGUCAGAACGAUUGGACUCCCCACCAGCAUCAAGGCCAGCUUCCAAAACGCUCUCCAGCAGAGCUGAUUCCAAAGCUCUCGCGGACGGACCCGAGACUUCAAACCCUCGACGAAAACAACCAUCGACGACCUUCUCCGGUCUGGUGGCAGUCAAGAGCAGGGGAUCGUCCAAGACGGCGCCAGAAGUUCACGACCUGGCAGACGAUGACGACGAUGCUAUACAGUUCUCAGCAGAGGCCGAUUCUCGGCAACCGUCCUUGGCAUUGUCGGUCAGGGCACGGGAAGGCUCUACGGUGUUGGCCAAGACUCCAUCCAUGGCUUUGUCCGUCAGAGACGGCUCUAUGGCGCUCUCCGAGAAGGUGGACGACGAGCCGGGCAUCAGGCAUCACUUGGCGUCAGCAGAAUCCAUCUCCAUUGUUACCAACGUGCAUGCAGCACCUCCAAGGCUAGCGGACAUCACAUGUCGGAAUGGACCCAAGCUGAAUGUGGAAGCCGUUCAGCGGCAGCUUUGCUGGGAGCGUGGAGAGGAGGGGGAGGCGGGGGAGACGCCACUUUACAGGGCCGCCGGCCUUGACGAUCCGCAGAUAGCCCAGGUGCUGCUUGCUGCUCAGGCUGAUGUGAAUUGGUCCGGCUCAGACUUCAGCUUCACGGCCUUGCACCAGGCAGUCUGUUUGAACAACUGCAAGAUGGUUGAGGUCCUUUUGAAUGGAGGCGCUGACCGUGACGGAACAGACGAAAGUGGUUCCACCCCAUUAAGCUUGGCACGCUCCGUUCAGCUGAGGUUGGAGGCCGAGCUGGCCGAGGCCGCCGAGAACUGCGCACAUGUUUGCGUGCGCGAGAUGGAGCGGCAGGCUGUUCUUCAGGACCUGGAGCAGAACAGCAAGAUUCGCGACCUCCUGUCGUAG